AUGUCUUUCUUGAUGCCGAGAGAACACGCGAGAGCUGCAAGAGGAGCUGCUAAUACUUGCAAUGAUCUUGCGCGAAGGAUGGUAAACCUUCCACGGAGCAUUAUGGGAGGGUUCUCUAGAGCCAUUGAACAUGGUAUAAGUAUAAUGGGAGGUGCUGUGGCACCAUUAUCACCCCAACCAAGUAGUAGGAGAGAUCAUCAGGAUCAGGAAGAGAACUUUCAGUGGCAACAUGAGGCAGUAAGAGAGCCAUCAGUUAUUCCUGAGGAAUGGGGUUUCUUAGCCAGCUUUGAGGAGCAGUAUGGUUUGUCACAUCCCUUCUUCUAUGCUUGCCGUUUUGCUGAGGCUCUAAAAAUAGCACAAGAUGAGCGCAAGUUGAUGUUCAUGUAUCUCCACUCUCCAACUCACCCUUUUACGCCUUCCUUUUGUGGAGGUACUCUUGGGUCAGAGCUGGUGGUACAAUUUCUUGAUGCAAAUUUUGUUUCGUGGGGUGCACUUGCAAGCAGGGGAGAGGGUUUACAGAUGGCUACAGUGUUGCGAGUGGCCGGCUUCCCAUUCUGUGCCAUUGUAGCCCCUGCCUCUGCUGAUAAUAUACUUGUCCUGCAACAGAUUGAAGGACCCGUCUCCCCUGAUGAGUUAGUGGAGAUUCUACAGAGGGUGAUGGAGGAACAAGGGUCAGCCUUCGGUGGCCCAGGCGCAAAGCAGCUAGCAGAGAAGAGACAGGCUGAUCAUAGGCUGCGGGAAGAACAAGAUGCAGCAUAUCUUGCAUCACUUCGGAGAGAUCAGGAAAAGGAUAGAAGCAGCAGAGAGGUGCUUGCACAAGAAAAAGAGUCAAACCAAAAGCCUACAGAAGCAAAGGGUAAGGCCAAAAAUGACGGGUUCCAAGGCAGUUCCACUACCAAGCAACAAAUAGGUAAAGUGGAGAAGGGCAAAGAAACGCAACCAAAGGAAAUCCUCAUUAGUGGAAAGGAUCCACCGCAAUCACUAGUUACCAAGAUACUAAUAAGAUUUCCAAACGGGGAAAGAAGAGAGCAGAGCUUCUUGUGCACAGACAAGAUCCAGUCUAUAUACACGUACAUAGAUUCACAAGCUUUGCCUGGCAUAGGAAGUUAUAGAUUGAUAUCAAGCUUCCCAAGAAAAGUUUAUGGUUUCCAACAGAUGGGGAUGACUUUAAAAGAAGCUGGUUUUCAUCCUAGGGCUACCCUGUUUUUGGAGCUUCUUUGAACUCACUUCUCACACCCAACAGAAAGGAGAAAUCUCUGGUAGGAAUUUGGAACGGU